UUAGAAUAAUUUGUUGUAGCAUGUUGUUCGGGUCUAUUUUCUUUGUCCCGUUUCUCUAGUGGAUUUUUGUUGGAUUUGUAUUUUCGUUAUUUGCCUUGACCCGGGUUCUCUUUGUUUCGGCAGGUCUCCCAUACUUUGAUCCGGAUCUCUGGGCUGUCAUGUCUGCAAAAGAUUCCUUCGCUGCUGCUCUUCGGAAUUUGGGAGGUGUGCACGUGCCCCCGAAACCUCAGCCGAAGAAGAAAUCGGGAAAAAAGGGGGACUCGAAGAAGGGGGAGUCCGGGUCCUCCCGCCAGGAUACGGAGGGUACUGGGCAUUCCAGUGCUACCCCGGAUGUUACCCCGGAUCCGGACCCGGAGUUGGUCGCUGAGGCUGAAGAAGUGGAGAGCCCGGAUCAAGAGCCGAAGAGAAAGAGGAAGAAGACUGAUGCUGGUUCUUCCCACAGGCAUGUGAUUGAUAUGACGGUGGAGGAUCCGGGCAAGUCGGCAGUGGAAGUGGUGGAUCUUGGGGUUGAAAUCGGGGGCGGUUCCCGGCCGGCCCCUAAAUUCGGCAAGUACCCUGUUAAGAAGGUCCUGGGCUUGAUGUCUGAACUUCCUUCCGACCAGGAUUGGGAGAUGAUGGAGGACGAGGGUCUUGCUGCAAACUUCAGAGAGGUCGGGAAUCUCUGGGGACAGCUUGGUGGACGCUUGGCCGGGUUCAAUACCCAUGCCUUGGCUGCUUUGAAAAAGGAAAGAGACCUUUCCGUGCAGAGCCUUGCUCGGGUCACCAAGAUGGAGAAGGAUCUUGACAUCGAGAGGUCAGCCCGGGAGGCUCUGGAGGCUGGGACGUCCUCGAAGAUCAAGGAGGCCGAACUUCGGAAGGAGACUGAGCUAGGACAAAAGAUUAAGGAUGCUGAAGCCCGGGCUGAUGGUGCUGAGAAGAAGAUUUCCGGGUUGGAGAAGGAGGUGUCUGAUCUUAAGAAUCUUUUGGAGAAAAGGGAGGAGCCGGAGAAAGUUGUUGCCGAGUUCCAGAAGUCCACAGCUUAUGCGGAUGCCUUGGCCGCUGCUGGAGCUCUUGAAGUUGUCCGGUGUUGGCAUGUUGCCGAGCGACACAUCAAGACUGACCCGGAGGCUUCCUUGCAGAGCUUUAUAGAGCUCUAUCUGGCUGCUAAGGAUAAAAUUAAGGCUGGAAAGGGAGAGCCGGAUCCUUACGAAGGCCCUUCUCCUAGCUUUCUUCCUCCUGCCAACCCGGGUGUUGAUGGCGAUCUAGAUUCUUCUUCUGCUGACUCUGAGCCGGCUGAUGAGACUCCGGCUGAUGAGACUCGGGCUGAUGGGACUCCGGUCGAUAAAACUCCUGCUGACGGAACUCCUGCCAAUUGAUCCUCCUU